GGACUGCUGGAACUAGGUUUGCAGGAGGAGCAGAAGAGAAGAGAGAGCUAAAGGCAGAAGAGAGAGGAGAGAUGAAGCUGCUGUACCUGAACAGCAUCUGCAGCACAGAUUCAACCAUGUUGUGGUUUCUGGUGAUGACCUGUGCGCUCUGCAUAGGAAGACACGCUGCAGCAGGACAGAGAGAUGGAGAAAUUAUUAGUCAGAUUAAAAUGACGAACCUCGCACUGGCUGAGAUUAAAGAGCUUCUGAAACAACAGAUAAAAGAGAUAGUUUUUCUGAAGAACACCGUAAUGGAGUGUGAAGCGUGUGGGAUGGGAGGAAUGCAGCCUCGUCCAUCCUGUGUGCCCAACCCCUGCCACCCAGGGGUGAAAUGUACGGUCACACCUCAGGGUAUAAAGUGUGGACACUGUCCUGAAGGCAUGGAGGGCAACGGUACCCACUGCACUGAUGUGGAUGAGUGUACUGUGAUGCCGUGUCACAUGGGUGUGCGCUGUAUAAACACCUCCCCAGGUUUCCGCUGUGGUUCCUGUCCUGCUGGAUACACUGGCCCCCAGGUCCAGGGCGUCGGCCUCGCCUACGCCACCGCCAACAAACAGGUGUGCAAAGACAUCAAUGAGUGUGAAGGCCUCAACAAUGGGGGCUGUGUGGUGAACUCAGUCUGCAUGAACACUCCUGGCUCAUUCAGGUGUGGUGCAUGUUUGGCGGGCUAUGUUGGAGAUCAGCGACGUGGCUGUAAGCCGGAGAGAGCCUGUGGGAAUGGCCAACCCAACCCCUGCCACGCCAGCGCUGAGUGCAUCGUCCACCGAGAGGGUAUAAUCGAGUGUCAGUGUGGAGUCGGAUGGGCUGGCAACGGCUAUCUCUGCGGGCCUGACAUUGACAUUGAUGGUUUCCCCGAUGCGAAACUGGACUGUCCUGAGAGUAACUGUAACAAGGAUAACUGUCUCACUGUGCCCAACUCUGGUCAAGAAGAUGCCGAUGGUGAUGGGAUUGGAGAUGCCUGUGAUGACGAUGCAGAUGGGGAUGGGAUCCCUAACACACAGGAUAACUGUGUGUUGGUGCCCAAUGUGGACCAGAGGAACAUCGAUGAGGACGACUUUGGCGACGCCUGCGACAACUGCCGUGCCGUCAAAAACAACGACCAAAAAGACACGGAUGUGGACAAAUAUGGUGAUGAGUGUGAUGAAGACAUUGAUGGGGACGGAAUCCCCAAUCACCUGGAUAACUGCCAAAGGGUUCCCAACGCUGACCAGAAAGAUCGUGAUGGAGACAAAGUGGGAGACGCCUGCGACAGCUGUCCUUAUGUUCCAAACCCUGACCAGACGGAUGUGGACAACGACUUGAUUGGAGACCCCUGCGACACCAACAAGGACAGUGAUGGUGAUGGUCACCAAGACUCUCGGGACAACUGUCCAGCCGUCAUCAACAGUUCCCAGCUGGACACCGACAAGGACGGCAAGGGAGACGAGUGCGAUGAUGACGAUGAUAACGACGGCAUCCCAGACUUGCUACCACCUGGUCCUGAUAACUGCCGUCUGAUCCCCAACCCUCUGCAGGAGGACUCUAACGGUGAUGGCGUGGGUAAUGUAUGCGAGAGGGAUUUCGACAACGACACGAUCAUCGACACCAUCGAUGUUUGUCCAGAAAACGCUGAGGUCACCCUAACCGACUUCAGGGAGUACCAGACCGUCGUUUUAGAUCCGGAGGGAGACGCACAGAUCGACCCCAACUGGGUGGUGCUGAACCAGGGAAGAGAGAUUGUCCAGACUAUGAACAGUGAUCCUGGCUUGGCUGUUGGUUACACUGCUUUCAGUGGUGUGGAUUUUGAAGGGACGUUUCAUGUAAACACGGUAACGGACGACGACUACGCAGGAUUCAUCUUCGGGUACCAGGACAGCUCCAGUUUCUACGUGGUGAUGUGGAAGCAGGUGGAACAGAUCUACUGGCAGGCAAACCCGUUCAGAGCCGUGGCAGAACCAGGCAUCCAACUGAAGGCUGUCAAGUCGAACACGGGUCCAGGUGAAAACCUGAGGAACGCCCUGUGGCACACCGGCGACACGAGUGACCAGGUCAAACUCCUGUGGAAAGAUGCUCGCAAUGUUGGCUGGAAGGACAAGACUUCUUACCGCUGGUUCCUCCAACACCGACCUGCUGAUGGCUACAUCAGAGUUCGUUUCUACGAGGGUCCUCAGAUGGUGGCGGACACAGGCGUCAUCAUCGACACCACAAUGAGAGGAGGUCGUCUAGGAGUCUUCUGCUUCUCCCAGGAGAACAUCAUCUGGGCCAACCUGCGUUAUCGCUGCAACGACACUCUUCCCGAGGACUUUGACACCUACAGAGCCCAGCAGGUCCGGCUGGCGGUCUGACAAGCCAAAGGGAAUUCUAGGGAACACUUUCCAACGCACAACUAGGCUCAGAAAUAAAAUCAUCACAUUGCAAACAUUUAUGAAAAUGCUGAAAUCUCCCCACGUUUAACAUAAAAACUGAUCGACUGCGACAGAAGAGGAAACUCCAAAGCAGUAAAAACGUAUAUAAUAAUAUAAAUAAUAAUAAUAAUAAUAAUAUGAUGCAAACUGUGUAAUUGUGCCAAAAAAUAAUUUAGCUAUAUUGUCUACUGUAUAUUUACAUUUCAAUUUAUACUUUUGAAAGAAGAACUAUUGCAAAGAUUUAACUGUUACUAAUGAAUAAAUGUGGAUUUUGGUAAAUGAUGUGCACUAUCUGGAUGAAUUUAAACUCUGCUGGUGUGACGUGACCAUUUACUAUAUGUUCAUAUAGAGGACUGUGCGUAUUAAAAAAUACUCAUUCUAGUGUCUCACCAAUAAUAAUAGAAUAUUAGCUUAUCAGCAAUGAAGAAAUGUUUCUUAUUAAUGGGCUCAAGUGCAGGAAAAUUAUCUAAUUUCUAAAUCUAAUUCUUCUAAACUUUCCCCAAAAAAACAACCAGAGACUGAGAAUAAUAUAUUUUUGUCAUGUAAAGCAUCUUUAAAUAUCUAGAAAAUCAUUCUAUAUACGAAACGUAUUAAUAGUGAAGCCCUAUCGUACAGUAGCUACACUGCAAACAAGGUCAAACAUUUGAUUUUAAGUAACAGACGUGACUUUUUUCAAACUCAACAGCUUUUAGUGGAAAUCAACAUUCUGAACAUUUCACAAGCAUGCACAUAUCCAAAAUAAUCUUUUAAAUUUUGCAUUUGGAAAUACAGAUUACAAAAUAGAAACGAUAGCAAAGACAAUAUACAACAGGAUUGAAACACCAUGCAUGUCCACAGCAACACGCUGUGGAUGUUGUAAAAUGACAUCGGACAGUUUUUUAAUCAGCAUAUUCUGCAAAUCAAGACUAUGUGCAGAGAAAAAUCUGUCUUCCACAUUCAAUUUAAUUGACAUUUUUCUUUCAUCUUAUAAACAAAUGGUCACAUAAGGAGAAUCACAUGGCAACAAAUAAAUAGCUACAGAUCUUUUACUACGACUUACAGGACAACAGUGAUAUAAUGCUAUUCUCACUAUAAGCUUUAAGUGGAACUUGAACUGUUUUUUUCCAGAGAGAGCUGUAGAGUCAUUUAGAAAACCCUGUGUUAUUAAAGGGAGAUUUUAAUUUAUGACCUAAAACACUCUGGAAACAAGCAGUAAAGACCGAGCAGCAACUCUUUCCUUUGAUCCUGGGACAGAGGAUACACCUUUAAACACAGGACUCCUGUUCACUCGUCUGCUUGUUCAGUUUGGGACAAGAUUUAGCUUUCAUUGCUUUUUAACAGCAACAUAAAUGACUGUGCUAACAAGUAAUGCAAGUAAGUAGUGUCUCAGACUAAAGACAAGCAGAUGAGUUAAAACAAAAUAGUUUACAAGAUGUAGAAAAUAUAUUUUGAGGUGAUUUGUUUAUCUUGUUUGGAAAAAGUUUGCUUUCCAUGUUUCAGUGUUUAGCCUCAAGACUGAGCAAAUGUUUGAGAAAUUAGUGACUCAAAAUGCAAAAUUCAUGUUCUACACGUGAGACGUUAAUGUUUUCCCACCAAGAAAGCAUCUGGCAAAGACACAACCUCAAACCCUGCUGAACAAAGUUUACGUUUUUUACCCUAAUAACUGCAUUUCCUUCACUUUAAUCAAAGGUGUAUAUUAGCUGCCUAACUUGAGGUCAAAUCUUUACCUGUGUUAGUGUUGCUGUUAGCUAACCUUGUAAGAAAACAUGUGACAAAUUAAAAAAGGCAUCUUAAUACCUUUAUCACGUAUGUUGGAACAUUAUUCUUUGACUUCUAACUUGGAGAAAGCGCACCAGAAGUGCAGACCAGCGUGAACAACUCUUCUCCACUACAACAGGCGACAUCUCAAAUGUUUCUUUACUUUUUUGCCUGCAGGUAGAUGUUUUUAGCAGCCGGAAACAUUUGAAAAAUAAAGCAUGUUGUACUGGAGAGAUUCCUCACGUCCAAAACAAUGAAACCUGCAUUUUAGAGUUCCAGCUAAUUUCAUGAAGUGAGACUGUGUUGCAGCACCGUACAGUACUCUGGGAGUGGCAGCAUGUGUAGUCAAAGUAAUGAUGCAGACUGCGUCACUUGAGUAUUAUUGAGGUUGCAACUAACUACUAAGGCCAAUCUGCGAGAACUGUGACUCCCUCAAACGUGAUGAGAUUUUCAUGUGUGUGUGUGUGUGUGUGUGUGGGGGAAAUAACCAACAAAGAAAUACAUUCGGAGUGCCGUUCCCUUCCAACACGAGAGCACAAGCUGCACUGGAGUAAGCCCUUUCUAGUUUUGCAUCCCCUAAAAUAUUCACAGAUAAAAAAACAAGACAAGCCAAAAUAUAGUUUACAAAGGAAAAUAGAGAAUUCAUCUUUUCUUUGACAUGAAAAUAUCUCCGGAGUUUACAUCUGGAGUGAAACAGUCAGCAUUCACAUCGGGCAGAACAGUCCCUGCUCAAAAGCUAGGAAGUCACAAAUAAAGUGCGAAGCAACUAGUGAACUAAACAUUGCACAAGAA